AUGAAAUUUGCACGAUAUCUCGAUGACGCUUUGACCCCGGAGUGGAAACGGGCGUACAUUGACUAUAAAGGCCUCAAGAAGCGCAUCACCGCCGUCCGACGCGAGCAGACUUCUGCGAGAGAUCGCCGGUCUGGCAGCUCAGACGAGGAGAGCGAGCAACAUGGCUCUUCCGACCCGCUCACCGACACUGAAGCUCUCGAGCGCGCGGAGACCACGCGGCUACCUCCAUUGCCUCACAGCGGCGACAUUGUUGAUGAUGCAGAUGAUGAGGGAGCGCGGUCCGGUACAACAGUACAGGGCGAUGCGGGUAGUGGCUCGGAAGAUCCAGUGAAGGUGGACAACUCACGAGCGCUUGAUCCUGCUGUCGUCUUUGCCUCAUCAACAGCUGGUCCCUCUACACAUCCGCGCAGAGGUCCCGGCCUUCGACAACGAUCAAACUCGCAAGUCCCACGUUUUCUCAGACGCGAGCCGCGGAACUCACAAGAUGAUGUCCCUUUGACAUUGGAGAUGCUCAUAGCGCCUAUGUCCCCGGCCCAGAAGGCAUUCGUCGAGAAGCUGGAUCGCGAGCAUGACAAAGUUGAAAGCUUUUACCUCGCUCGCGAGAAAGAAGCCCGCACGCAGGCAUCAAGAUUACGAAUGGAACUGAAUGAGUUGAAGCAGCAUCGCGCCCUAUUUCAUCAAAUACAUCCAGGAAAGCCGGCGCAAUGGGCGGCAGCGUUGAUAUCUGAAGACACUCGCGAGGCUCUACGCCGGAAGUGGACCGAGUUCACCGGAUACCGCCUUCCACAGAUCAUGGCUGUGGCACACCUCGUCUCUCCGCCUGCAACAGCCAACCAUUCAGUGGCCGAUCUUCACAACACGCCACGCAUGCCGCCGUCGUCUGCCUCUGCAAGCAGAUUGACCAGAUAUGAUCCGGACGAGUACGAACGGGCCAGAAAACGCGUCAAGAAGGCGCUCUUGGAACACUAUCGGGCUAUUGAGACUCUGAACAACUAUCGGAUCCUGAACUUAACGGGCUUCCGUAAAGCUCUGAAGAAAUUUGAAAAGGCAACUCGAAUACCGCUGCAAACCGCAUAUAUGCGCGAAAAGGUCGAGCCAUCAGCGUUUGCUCAUAGCGACUAUCUCGAUGGGCUUCUUCACGAGCUAGAAGAGCAGUUCUCCGAGAGAUUCACUCGUGGAGAUCGCAAAAAGGCCAUGUUACGACUACGGUCUACGGCAUUGCACAAGACCCACCACUUCAGCACGUUCCGCACAGGGCUAUUCGUUGGUCUUGCCGUGCCAGUCAUGGUCUCUGGCAUUGUACAAAGCUUUCAUGCCGAUGCUCGUGGGCAGAUCCCUGGAUGGGAUGCCCUGCUCUAUGUCUAUGGCACCUUUCUGAUACCGACGUUCUUUUCCUUCCUCAUUGGUCUCAACAUGCUUGUAUGGGCAAGGAGUCGAAUCAACUUCGUGUUUAUAUUUGAUCUGGAUCCUCGCCAACCUCUGGACUACCGGGAGUACUUCCAGUUACCAGCCGCACUGCUUGCUUUGCUCUGUUACGCUUUCUGGCUCUCUUUUUCGCGCGCGGGCGGUGAUACAGUCUCUCCACAUACCUGGCCACUCGUGUGGCUUCUGUUGGUCAUAGUCGGUGUAUUCAAUCCGCUACCGAUCAUGGAUCGUAGCGCUCGGUAUUGGUUCGUGUCCAAGACGUUUAGGCUGGUCACGAGCGGUGUACAUCGUGUUGAGUUCGCGGACUUCUGGCUGGGAGAUCAGUUCUGUUCACUCGUGUUCUUCCUCGGAAACAUAUACUAUGUCGGCUGCGCCUAUCAUAUCGGGUUCGACGAGCACACCGCGGCGACGUGCUCGAGGCCGGCACUAUGGGGCGUUCCCUUUCUGAUUGGUUCAUUGCCCCUGCUCGCUCGUCUGGUACAGAGUAUCAGGCGUUACGUCGACUCUGGUCUCUACACCCAUCUUAUCAAUGGCGGGAAGUACGGUGCUGGUGUUAUAUACUACCUGUUCUACUAUCUCUGGAGGCAUAACGGUCAACGCCGGGACGCGAGCUUCGUGCUCUUUGUUUUAUUCGCAACUCUAUACGCGUGUUAUGCCUGUGCAUGGGACUUCUUGAUGGAUUGGUCUCUUCUCAAACCUCACGCUAAGCACCCGUUGCUUCGCGACAACAUUCUUUACCCACACUCAUCGUUGUACUACUUCGCAUUAUUCUACAACAUCCUCAUCCGCUUCGUCUGGGUCAUCUACAUCCCCACCAACGGACCAAACUCGCCCUUGCGGACCUUCAUCGCGGCCAUGCUCGAGGUGCUUCGUCGUUGGCAGUGGAACUUCUAUCGUUUGGAGAACGAGCACCUCGGAAACGUGGAUCAGUACCGCAUCACGAAGGAGAUCCCUCUAUACUACGCGCGCGAUAAUCUCGCGGAGCUGACGGAUGCUGAGGAUGAUAAGAAGGAUAGUUUGAAGUAG